UGCCUCUCUUGGAGUCACCAUCUCUGUCUGGCUCCCACAGUAACGGACUUGUGCUGAGAUGCCCGAGUCUCCUCUGAGUCCCUCGGCAGCCCGUCAAACUCCAGUCAGCAGCCUGCUCAGCCACACGGACGCCGGAGCGGGGGAGAAAGCGGCUAAUGGGGACUCCUGCAGCGGAGUGAGGGCGCAAAGCUGCCAGAGCCUCCUCCACAAACAGGUGUUCCUGGCCUUGAUGGCUCCUCAGCAGCUGCAGCAGCUGCUGCCGCCCGGCCAGCUGCAGCAGCUGCAGGCUCUGAUCCGCCACAAGCAGCAAGCCCUCCUGCUCCAGCAGCAACACCUGAAGGAAUUUUACCAGCAGCAGCUUCAACAGCGAACCAGCAAGAAAGUCAAAGAGCAGCUGAUGUUCCAGCAGAAACCGGCCGCCUCUCCUCCCGGCCUCUCCUCAGGUCCAGGCUGUUUCGGACCCGCCGAGACGCAGAGGUUGUGGAAGGAACUCAGAUCGGCCUUUUCGGAUGACAGGACGGCGAUGAACGGGAUCCGGGAAACAUCCGCUCGAGUCGAGCCGACCGGGGAUCGGCCGUCUGAGUCUCCUCCUGGAGCGGAUCGUAGCGGUGCAGACGGGGACCAGGCCGUGGCGCGCGCCCUCUUCGGUCCCGGAGUGUGUAACUGGCCCGGCUGUGAGUCCGUCUGUGAAAACAUCGCCCAGUUUGUCCAACACAUGAGCAGCGAACACACUCUGGACGACCGGAGCACCGCUCAGUGUCGAGUCCAGAUGCAGGUGGUCCAGCAGCUGGAGCUGCAGCUCUGCAAAGAACAGGAGCGUCUGCAUGUGAUGAUGGCUCACCUGCGCCUGCCCUCUCCGCGCGCUCAGUCAGCGAAGUCCGACGCGGCGGUCAGCCGCCGCGGCCCCCAGCUCCGUCCAGCGUCGCUGGCCAGCAAAGCGUCCCUCUCUCUCAGACACCAGAGACCUCUGAGCGCCGCCGGCUCGCCGCCGCAGGGCCGCGAGGAAGACGAGGAGCUGCCGCUCAGACGCUCCAUGGCGGCCGCGGGACACCGGCGUCACCCUCUGGUGUUCUCUCUGUCUUCAGAAAAUGAAUUUGAACUUUACCAGAACGCUGACGUCAGACCACCAUUUACCUACGCUGCCCUGAUCCGACAGGCUAUCACAGAAGCCUCAGACAUGCAGCUAACGCUCAACGAGAUCUACAACUGGUUCACCAGGACGUUCGCGUAUUUCAGGCGGAACGCCGCCACCUGGAAGAACGCAGUCCGCCACAACCUGAGCCUGCACAAGUGCUUCGUGCGCGUGGAGAACGUGAAAGGCGCCGUGUGGACGGUGGAUGAGGAGGAGUACCAGAGGAGGAGGUCCCAGAAGAUCACAGGGAGUCCAUCUCUGAUAAAAACCGUCUGCUCCAGUCUGUCUCUGGGCACCGCCCUGCACUCCACCUUCCAGGCUGCGCUGGCAGAGGCCUCGCUGCCGGGCCUCAAGAGGGAGCGUUCGAGCCGAACCCUUCGAGGCGUCGACAAGGCAGCCGACGGCAGCAGCCGGAAACGAAACCUGACUCCUCCCGUCCAGCAGCAACUUUGCUUCGAGAAAGUGAACGGUGACGACGAGGGCCAGCUGCCGACACUCAAUCCGGUCAGCCUGCAGCCUCUGAUCCACGGAAACGGCGAGGAGCUUUUGUUUGACCUCGAGUGACCUUUGACCUUUCAAGCAGCACUCGUUUAGCAUCCUGAGAUGUUGGAGAUGGUACUAAGGCAACUUUACUGAGGUGUCUGAUUUGAAGAGGGUUUGAAAUGAAAUGCAGACACUUUGCUAAAGUGUCUGUGACCUUUGAUCUUCCCCACUGUUUGCAGCCACAAUGGGAUUUCUUGCAAAAUGCGAAAUUACAAACGAUUAAUCUAAUUUAAUCGUGAUUAAUCAAUCAUUGGAAUAAUUGUCAACUAACUUAGUAAUUGAUUAAUCGUUAAUUGGAGUGUACAGACUCACAAAAAAGGUAAUUUACCAAAAGAACAACAU